CCUACCUGCUAUUAGAACACAUUCACCCAGAGUAGACACUCCUACCUGCUAUUAGAACACAUUCACCCAGAGUAGACACUCCCACCUGCUAAGCGUAAACUACUUGGUUACCGCAGUGUGAGUGUUUUUACUGCUCUUUAUUUGUCCUUUCGGGAUCCAACCCCUCCUCUUCCUCCUUUCUUUUUUUGGCCUUUUUCUUGGAAUGGAUGACACAGAGAAAGAAGAGCUCUUUUCCAACAGAGGAUUGCAGAGGACGUUGUUGACCUUCUACAAUUUGUGAGAUAAACUGUCAUAUAAUAUAACAAGUACUCAGGAAUAUAAAAGCUAGACGAAUUUAUCUACUGAGCAGUGACAGAACAGACAAAACUGUCAAGCUCUUUUCCUUCUUAUUUUUGAAUAGAUGUAGAUUCAAAGUUGAUCCUAUUCAAGAAGUGUAAUAAACGGACCAGGAAGGAUAAAUGGGAGAGAGUUCAGACCUCUUCCAUGACCUCAUACAUCCCUCCUGUCUGUCGAGCUAUUACAACCCGAGAUAGAAAGAUGUCUAUCCACUUUGAACAGGGCUUCGUCUGUCAGCCUCUCUGCCCGUCAGUUAAUGUCAACUCUUCUACUUCUUUGUCUACAAAUCACUGAGUUAUAUCCAAUCUGACUCGGUGACAUUGUCUCAUAUGAUUUCAGAAGAUGGGACUCUGACCCCUUCAAGAUCACCUGACCUGAUUGGACCAACCGGAUGUUGGAGGCGCCAACCGACGUCUCUGACGGGGCAAAACCAGGAACUAAAACAUCUUGAUCCUCUAGAGGGACCUUUUUAAAGUCGACUCUCCCCCCACUUCCUUCCGGUGGGGGGGAGGGCAUAGCAGUGAGCCAAUCACAGCUCGGGAUUGGUCAAUUCAUUAACCAAAGCCUAUCACAGCUCAGGACUGGUCCCUUCGCUAGCCAGUUAGCCUAUCACCUGUCAGGUUACUGAGACCAGGACCAGACCAGCAGCAUGGACGCUAGUCAGCGCCAUGGCAAGGGCAGCCCAGAGAGCCCUAACCGGGCGGUGGAGUACCUCCUGGAGCUCAACAACAUUAUAGAGAGCCAGCAGAAGCUCCUGGAGACCCAGAAACACCGUAUCGAUGAGCUGGAGGUUCAAUUAGACCGGCUGGCCCAGGAGAAUAAAGACCUACGCCUGGACCGCCAGCGACCUUUACCCCCUGAACCGCCACCCUGCCCCCUGCCACCACCUGCCACCAAAACAUCCAUACCCUCUGUACCAGUCCGCCCUGUUCAGACCCAGUCUUAUAAUCGUACCAGUACCAACACUACAGCCAUACAGACCGCCACCUCCACAGCCCUUCCAACCCCACCCCCGGUGCCUGUACGGGAUCAACGCAAACCUCAAACCCCCAAGACCCCACGCCGUACCCCCCACACGCCCCAAACCCCCAAACGUACUCCAGUCACCACCCAGACCCCCGCACUCCGCAGACUCCCAAACGAACCCCAGUCACCACCCAGACCCCACGCACUCCGCAGACCCCCAAACGAACCCCAGUCACCACCCAGACCCCCCGCACACCGCAGACCCCCAAACGGACCCCCCACACACGGCUGACGCGAACCAUCUCGACCGGAACAGGCACCAGCUUCGUGGAGAUGGAGAAGGAGAGACUGGAGAGGAUGGAGGAAGAGAGGACAGAGAGACUUCACAGCUCCACCUUGGGAAACCCCACCAACCACAGAC